GUGAUGGUUUUUCAAUCUUUUAUACUAGGUAAUCUAGUAUCCUUAUGCAUGAAGAUAAUCAAUUCGGUCGUUGUGGUCGGACUCUAUUAUGGAUUUCUGACCACAUUCUCCAUAGGGCCCUCUUAUCUCUUCCUUCUCCGAGCUCGGGUUAUGGACGAAGGAGAAGAAGGAACCGAGAAGAAAGUAUCAGCAACAACUGGUUUUAUUGCGGGACAGCUCAUGAUGUUCAUAUCGAUCUAUUAUGCGCCUCUGCAUUUAGCAUUGGGUAGACCUCAUACAAUAACUGUCCUAGCUCUACCGUAUCUUUUGUUUCAUUUCUUCUGGAACAAUCACAAACACUUUUUUGAUUAUGGAUCUACUACCAGAAAUGAAAUGCGUAAUCUUCGCAUUCAAUGUGUAUUCCUGAAUAAUUUCAUUUUUCAAUUAUUCAACCAUUUCAUUUUACCAAGUUCAAUGUUAGCCAGAUUAGUCAACAUUUAUAUGUUUCGAUGCAACAACAAGAUGUUAUUUGUAACAAGUAGUUUUGUUGGUUGGUUAAUUGGUCACAUUUUAUUCAUGAAAUGGGUUGGAUUGGUAUUAGUCUGGAUACAGCAAAAUAAUUCUAUUAGGUCUAAUGUACUUAUUAGAUCUAAUAAGUAUAAGUUCCUUGUGUCAGAAUUGAGAAAUUCUAUGACUCGAAUCUUUAGUAUUAUCUUAUUUAUUACCUGUGUCUACUAUUUAGGCAGAAUCCCAUCACCCAUUUUUACUAAGAAACUAAAAGGAACCUCAGAAACGGGUGGGACUAAACAGGACCAAGAGGUAUCCACCGAAGAAGCUCCUUUUCCUUCUCUUUUUUCGGAAGAAAGGGAGGAUCUGGACAAAAUCGAUGAAAUGGAAGAAAUCGGAGUGAAUGGAAAAGACAAAAUUAAUAAGGAUGAUGAAUUCCACGUUCGAACAUACUAUAACUAUAAAACAGUUUCUGAAAAUCGAGAUGGAAAUAAAGAAAAUUCUAAUUUAGAAUUUUUCAAAAUAAAAAAAAAAGAGGAUCGUGAAUUAUGGUUUGAAAAACCUUUUGUAACUCUAGUUUUCGAUUAUAAAAGAUGGAAUAGACCAAAUCGAUAUAUAAAAAAUGAUAAAAUUGAAAAUACUGUAAGAAAUGAAAUGUCACAAUAUUUUUUUUAUACAUGCCAAAGUGAUGGAAAAGAACGAAUAUCUUUUACAUAUCCCCCCAACCUUUCAACUUUUUUUGAAAUGAUACAAAAAAAGAUCCCUUCAUUUACAACAGAAAAAAAAACCUCGGAUCAAGUUUAUACUUGUUGGAGUUUGGUCAAUGAAGAAAAAAAGGAAAAUUUAAAAAACGAAUUUUUAAAUAGAAUUGAAGCUUUAGAUAAAAAAGGGUCUAUUGAAAAUAUACUGGAAAAAACAACUCGAUUUUGUCAUAACGAAACUCAAAAAGAAUAUUUACCUAAAAUUUAUGAUCCAUUUUUACAUGGGAUUUCGCGCGGAAGAAUCAAAAAAUUAUCUCCGUUCCAAAUCAUAACCAAAACCUAUAAAAAAAAGAAUAUAAGAGGAUCUUGGAUAAACAAAAUUCAUGCUAUACUUCUGAAGAUUAAUUCUCAAAAAUUUGAGCAAACAAUAGAAAAAUUUAAAAGAAAGUCUUUAUCAAUAGAGAAAAAACUUUAUUUUUUUUCCGAACCCCAAGAAGAAAAAAUUCAGUCAGAAGAAGAAAUAAAAAUUUUCAAAAUUUUAUUUGAUGUCGUUAUAAUUUAUAAUAAUGAUCAAACUCUUAUAAAAAAUUUUAUUGAUUUCCAUGAAAUCAAUAAACAAGUUCCUCAAUGGUCAUACAAAUUAACAAGUGAAUUGGAAGAAUUGGAAGCUGAAACUGAAGAAAAUAUACCAACCGAACCUGGAAUUCGUUCAAGAAAAGCAAAACGUGUAGUGGUUUUUACUGAUUUAAAAGAACCGCAUAACGAGAUUUAUACUAAUCUCAAAGAUAAUCAAAAUUCUGAUCAAACAGAUGAAAUGGCUUUGAUCCGUUAUUCACAACAAUCUGAUUUUCGUCGAGAGAUAAUUAAAGGAUCCAUGCGUUCCCAAAGGCGUAAAACUGUUAUUUGGGAAUUUUUGCAAGCAAAAGCACAUUCGCCCCUUUUUUUUGAUAGAAUAGAUAAAUUUUUUUUUUUUUCGUUUGAUAUAUGGGGGCUAAAAAAAAAAAUUCUUAGAAAUUUCAUGUGGAAAAAAAAAAUUUUUUUUGAUAAAAACGAAGAAGAACAAUCAAAAAAAGAAGAACAAAGACGUAUAGAAAUUGCGGAAACUUGGGAUAGCUUCUUAUUUGCUCAAAUAAUAAGAGGUUUUAUUUUAGUAACUCAAUCUAUUCUUAGAAAAUAUAUUAUAUUACCUUUAUUGAUAAUAAUUAAAAAUAGCAUCCGUAUCGUAUUAUUUCAACUUCCCGAGUGGGAAGAGGAUUUAAAGGAGUGGAAACGUGAAAUGCAUGUUAAAUGUACUUAUAAUGGGGUUCAACUAUCCGAAACAGAAUUUCCACGAAACUGGUUAACGGAUGGUAUUCAGAUAAAAAUCCUAUUUCCGUUUUAUCUUAAACCUUGGCAUAAAUAUAAAUUUCAAUCAUCUCAGAAGGCUCGACUAAAAAAAACAAAAGGAGAAAAAAAUGAUUUUCGUUUUUUAACAGUUUGGGGGCUGGAAACUGACCUACCUUUUGGUUCUACCAAACCAAAGCCUUCUUUUUUUAAACCUAUUUUUAAAGAAUUAAAAAAAAGAAUCAAAAAAUCCAAAACGAAGUCUUUUCCGGUUUUAAGGAUUUUCAAAGAAAGAGCAACAAUUUUCCUAAAAGUCGAAAAAGAAAUUAAAAACUGGAUUAUAAAAAACUUGCUUUUUCUAAAAGAAAAAAAAAAAAACCUUUCAAAACGAAAUAGAAUUCCAUUAGUUGGCCCGAGAGAAAUAUAUGAAUUAAAUGAAACUAAAAAAGAUUCAAUAAUGAGUAAUCAGAUGAUUCAUGAACUAUCUGUUCAAAAAAAAUCGACGGAGUGGCCAAAUUCUUCACUCAGCGAAAACAAAAUAAAAAAUGUGAUUGAUAAAAUAAAGACAAUCAGAAAUCAAACGAAAAAAAUUUCAAAAGAAAAAGAAAAACUAACUAAUAGUUGUAACAAACUGUGUUAUGAUUCUAAAAUAAUUGAGUCAUCAAAAAAAAGUUGGCAGACAUUAAAAAAAAAAAAAACUCGAUUAAUUCGUAAAUCUUUUUUUUUUUUUCAAUUUUGCGUUGAACAACUGUCUAUUUCUAUUUUUCUAGGUAUUAUUAAUAUUCCAAGAAUUACUACACAACUUUUUGUUGAUUCAACAAAAAAAAUUCUUGAUGUAUAUAUUUACAAGAAUGAGGAAAAUGGAGAAAAAAAAAAAAAAAAAAAUACCAUUUAUUUUAUUUCGACUAUAAAAAAUUUCAUAUCAAAAAAAAAUUUUUUUAGUUAUGACUUAUGCUCUUUAUCACAAGCAUAUGUAUUUUACAAAUUAUCACAAAUUCAAGUUAGUAACUUUUCUAAAUUAAAGUCUUUUUUUGAAUAUAACAUAUACAUAACAUCCUUUUUUGUUAAGAAUCAAAUAAAAGAUUUUUUUAAAGAACAAGGAAUCUUUCAUUAUGAAUGGAAAGAUAAAACCCUUUUAAAUUCCGAAAUAAAUCAAUGGAAAAACUGGUUACGAAGUCAUUCUCAAUAUAAUUUACCUCAGAUUGCAUGGGCUAGAUUAGUAACCCAAAAAUGGAAAAAAAAACUAAACCAAGACUCUCUAGUUCUAAAUCCAAGUUUAAACAAAGUGGAUUCAUACGAAAAAAAAAUUUUUGAUAAUUACAAAAAACAAAAUUUUUGUGAGGCUAACUUAUUUUUCAAUCCAAAACAUAAACAGAAUUUCAAAAAGGAUUCUAUAUAUAAUCUUUUUUGCUACAAAUCUAUUCAUUCUACAGAAAAAUUUUUUGAUAUGUCUACAGGCCUAGAAAAUUUUUUAAUCUCUUGUUUUCUAGAAAAAUAUAAUAUUCGCAGUAUAGGGGAAAUUUUGCAUAGAAAAUAUUUGGAUUGGAGAAUUCUCAACUUUUGGUUUAGAAAAAAAGUAAAUAUUGAGCUUGAUACUAGGAGUAAAAAAAAAUAUAUUAAAACUAAAGUUAAGAAUUAUAAAAGAAUUUAUAAAAUAACUAAGACGAGUCUUGCCAAUCAAAAAAUAAAUUUUUUUGAUUGGAUGGGAAUGAAUGAAGAAAUACUAAAUCCUCGUAUAACAAAUUUUGACUUUUUUUUCUUUCCAGAAUUUUUCUUAUUUUCUAGUACAUAUAAAAUGAAACCGUGGGUCAUACCAAUUAAAUCACUUCUUUUCAAUUUUAAUGAAACAAAAAAUGUGAAUAAACAGAUCACCCUAAAGAAAAAAGGUUUUAUACCAUCAAACGAAAAAAAAUUCCUUCGGUUUUUUAAUCUAAAUAAAGAAGAAAACGAAUCAGCAGGUCAAGAAGAGUUUGAAUCAGAUAAAGAAACAAAAAUAAAUACGGAAUCAGCUCUAUCAAAGCAAGAAAAAAAUAUUGAAGAAAAUUAUACAGAAUCGAAGAUAAAAAAACGUAAAAAUAAAAAAAAACCAAAAAGCAAUACCGAAGCGGAACUUGACUUAUUUCUCAAAAGGUAUUCGCGUUUUCAAUUGCGAUGGAAUUGUUUUUUUAAUCAAAAAAUCCUCAAUAAUGUAAAAGCAUACUGUCUCUUGGUUAGACUAAAAAAUCCAACCGAGAUAACGAUAUCUUGUAUUGAAAGAGGAGAGAUGAGCUUAGAUAUUCUAAUGAUUGAGAAGAAUUUCACUUUUUCAAAAUUAAUGAAAAAAGGAAUAUUGAUUGUUGAACCUGUUCGUUUGUCUGUAAAAAACGACGGCCAACUUAUUAUAUAUAGAACCAUCGGGAUUUCAUUGGUUCAUAAAAAUAAACAAAAAAUAAGUAAAAGAUCAAAAAAAAAAAGCUAUAUUUAUAAAAAAAAAAGUUUAAAUUUCUUUGUCCCUGAAACUAUUCUAUCCCCUAAACGACGUAAAGAAUUUCGAAUUCUAAUUUGUUUCAAUUUAAAAAAAAAAAAUGCAAGGGAUAGAAAUUCAAAAUUUGAUACAAAUAUUCAAAACUUGACCACAGUUUUGAAUAAAAAGAAAGAUCUUGAUAAGGAUAAAAAAAACCUAAUUAAAUUAAAAUCCUUUCUUUGGCCCAAUUUUCGAUUAGAAGAUUUAGCUUGUAUGAAUCGCUAUUGGUUUAAUACGACUAAUGGAAAUCAUUUCAGUAUGAUAAGAAUACACAUGUAUACGCGAUUUCAAAUGCAUUAA